UUCAUUGUGUGUUUACGUUCGAUUUUCAAAGAGGUUAAAUUAAAUUUCAUUUGUAUUACAUUUUUUAAACAAUUAAUAAGAAGAAUAAAUUUGUAAGAAUGUCAAAGUCAGAAGAAACCAUUGUGAAAAAGUGCUGGAAUUGUGAGUGGAUAAUUCCUGAAGUGCAGAUGAAAGAUUUGUUCAGCCACUCUUGUUUUGCUAGUUAUGAUGAGAUGAAACAUGCUGUUUAUAUUCUCGAUGAUGGUGUUGUGAUCAUUGCAGGUCCAAUCACCUUCAGCGUCAAUAAUGGCUUGGAAUCUUCGAGGCAUACUUACGACAGAGCCGCGAUUUGGAAAGUUCACUUACUCACAAACUGUUUCGACUUUUGCAUAUAUUUCGCAGCAGUCGAUUGGGUCAUUUUGGGACCUUUAGGGUGCAAGCACAAAAAAACUGCUUCGAAGCGCGAAGAGUAUGCGGAACUCAUUUUGGAAAAAUUCUCGCUGCACUUUCCUCGAAGAAGUGAAAGCUGGCCGAAGAAAUCAGUCUAAUUAAUUAAGUUAAAAAAAGACCAGCCUUGCAUGAUAAAAAAUGGAGUUACAAAGUGUCUUUUAACACUAAAGAGAGUUUAUGGAUGGAUGUAGUGAAGACAGUAUCACCAGAUUAUUCAACACAGGAGGCAAAUAAGAAAUGGACAAAUUUAGAGAUCAAUACCCAUGUUACGCACACGUCGAUGCGCAUAUGACAUGCAUGCCAAAAUUCACCAUGUUCGCUCACAUUUUGUGAUUGUAACUGAAGUGCGUGCACAAGAGCGACAAUGUUUUCUUCUGCCUCACCAGCCAGUUCAUCUAACGCAGAACCAGGAAAGAGCAGGAAAUACAGUAUGUUGAAUUUAAAACUAAUGGUGGUCUUGGAGAAAAUUAUGUCGCACAAGAUAGAAAAAAAUGACCCCAUCGAAAUGUUUCUUCUCAGUUUAGCGGUUACUUACAGAAAAUUGAAUCACGCGCGGGGGCUCCGCGUUUCCAGGCUGACGAUAGAGAUACUAGAAAAAACUUUAAUCCUUUAGAGAGAAAUUUAAGAAAAGUAUUCGUGCUGGAAACAUUUUGCUUUACGUUUAUAUAUGUGAAAAGAGUUUAUAUAGCUCUAAAGUUUGCAGAAUAGCUAAGUUUCUUGAAGAUAAUUUAUUAAAAUGAUCUUAUUAGUCACAAUUAACAGAUAAGAAGUUAAUACAUUUCAUAUUAUUAACAUCGUUUCUAUUUUAAAGUGAUUUAUGAGUCAAUAUGUGAUUGAAAAAAGAACUUUUCAUGUUUGAAACAUUUUCUUGUACGUUUAUGUAAAAAGCAAAAGAAAGCAGCCAAAAAUUAAUGCUUAGAGAUUAAAAAGCAAUUAAUACUAGUAAGUCAAUAAUCUUAUCUAAUAUUAAGGUUAGUUUUUACAAUAAACUUACAAAAUCCCUACAGUGUAAAACUUUAGACUUACAUUUAUGUGAAAAGCGUUUGUAUAGAUUUAAGUUUGCAUAAGAGUAAAAGAAUAAAACCAAAACAUAAUGCUAACCAUUUAGAAAUUAAAGAAAUAAUUGCAUUGAAUAUGAAGGUUAGUUUUUACAGGAAAUUUACAAAGUUCUUACUAUUUUAUAUAUGAUUAAACUUUUGCUUCGACAUUUUGUAAGUUUAAUUUUGACAAAAUUGAAAAA